UAGUCUAGACUCGUCCGCCAGAGUGAUCGCAAGUGAAAAAGGCAGUUUUCCCACCACAACGGCCUUAGCCGCGACGACCCGGGGCUUCUAUUGGAGAGUUUUUGGUUAGUUAGUUAGUUCUUUGGUCGGGUUUGGUGAAGAAGGAAAAGUCACAUUUGCGUGAGAUUAUUUGAGAGCCAAUGUCGGUUCUAUGCACGCGGGAGAUUUUCCUCGAUUUUUUCUGAGAUAUUCUCGAAGUACUCGGCUUUUCGCGAGUUUGACGAGAAAUACUCGUUGGUUGUUCCUUCAGUCUAUAGUGAACCACGAAGAGUGUGAGACGUUUUAAGCCCCCGUAUCGAGUUUGAAUUUCCCAGCGCGAGAAGUCGAAUUUUGGUCGAAUUAAGACCGAUCGAUCGUCGAUCGUUUGUCACCUGAGGUCCCUGAGGGAAUGAAAAUCCCUCAGAGUGCUAAGAAGAGCCAGGAAGAUUGAGAAGAGUGCCAAGGUGCGUUCAGAGAACGAAGAAGUGGGUUGCUGCGAGUGUUCGUGAGGAGGAUCGUCCGUCACUGCCUUCUACGAUCUCCAUCGAGGAGUGUAACGAACGUGAACCAAGUUUUGUGCCUCAACGCCUACUUAGACUGUAGUGCUCCACCCCGAUUGUUCUACAACACUGCCGCCUACUUAGAGGAGGAGGCGAAGAAAACCCAGAAGAACCGGGAGGGUUACGAUGGAAACCGACGACCAAUUUCGUCAUUAUAUAAGUUUUUAUGACACGGUACUCAAAUUUUGAAUGACAAAAAGUGUGCUCUCAAUAGCGCGUUCGUCGUCCCGACACAUCAUCGAGAAUCUAGUGCAACCACUAUUGCCGAGGAGCAGAGUUGUUUUACUGUCGUUUUUGGUUCAACACGGGGGAGGAAAAACACUAACCAGAUGUGUGAAAAUGUGACCGAUUGGACGGGCUAGAGUCAAGUUAGUGCAAAAGUGAAUACCGUACCGUACCAAACAUCACCGAAAUAAAUUUAGUCAAUUUGUAGAAAGUGGCUUCAAAGUGUUCUAAGAAGUGUGUUCACCUCUCUCGCCAGUCAGCGCACGAUACACAGUUUUUGAGGUGAGACAAGAAGUGCACGAGAGAGAGAGAGGGAGUCGAGGGAAGCGGCGGUCGAAUCAAGGAAAAGUCAACUCGGAAAGUAACCGUGAAAUGAGUCAGUAGUGAGCGCGAGUGAAUGCGAAACAGUUUUCCACCCAGCCAAGAAGAGUACACAAAUUAUAAAUCUUACUGAAGCGCUGCUCUAAGAGUUGAAUAAUCGGCAGGAAAGGAAGCGUUGGUGGAGGUGAAGAUCAUCAGAUCUUCGCCCGUCGUCAUCAUUAACGAAACGCGAGACGGGCGGAGACACAUAUCGCGAACGAUCAGACACACAGUUUUCAUCGGAGUCUCUAGAGUUGCAUGUUGGGCUCCCUACUAGAAUCUAGAUCAACUCGGAGGAGAUUCACACGAGGUGGUGGGUGUGUGCGAGAUAAAAACGACGGUGGGGAUAUCCCGUAGUCGAGUCGACGUCGUCGUAGUCGUCAUAGGAGAAGAGGUCGUUAGAAUCAUUGCGUGUCCAAUAAUGUAGAAAAGCAGAAACAGAAGAAGAGAAAGAGUGUGAAGAUUGAGAGUUGCGAAGUUUGGAAAGGUGAACGCAAGGCUGCACGGGAAAAACUCUGACAACGUGUGGAAAAUCUGCCAGCUCUGCUGGGAAGGUGCGCCAGAGGGUAGAACUGUGCAGAUGCUUUGGAGACUGAUGAGCGACGGCGAAUGGAUGAUUCAUCGAAACUAGCUGAUAGACUGAAGAUAGCCUGAGGAUCGAUUACACAGUGUGAUUGUUGGAACCUUGUUGAUAAGUUUAAGUUGAAUGUUAAGUCUAGUGUGAAAUAGUUUUAAUGGUUCAAUUCUUAUAAAGUGAAAUACGAAUCUGAAAAGUUCUCCAUCCCCAUAGUGAGUGUGUGUGAGAGUAUUCGAGCAGCACGAGUGCCCCGUGCCAGAAGAAACCAUGAAGAAAAGAGUGGACAUGCGACACUGUAGGUCUACGAAGAAGUUCAAAUUAAUAUUGAAAACCCACGCCAACCGCUAUCGAGAGGCACCUUAGAAAGGAAGUAUCGCUUUGGACCCCAUCACUCUUGAUCGGUAGCAAGUCUCUGACCCAUUCGAGAAGUAUUGUGACUCUCUUCGAGCCCUCAACGCGUAGGAGUUCAGGUCAGGUUAGGGCCUUCCUCAAGAAGUGGUUGGUGCGUAGGACCUAGGCAGCAAUCCCAAAGCCCGAACAUCGGACGCGAUGUACUUGCGCAAAUGGAGUCCCAUUAAAUAUCUCAUGUACUUAUGGCUAGCGAUUCUAGUGUGGAUAUUCUGUCGGUGUGAGAGUGCCGCUACGAUGCACCUGGCGCCAGCCUCCUCCUCAUCCUCCUUCCCCCCGUUCACGUUGUCAUACGCCAGUGGCACUAGUAGCAGUAGUAGAACUAGUAGCAGCAGUAGUGGUAGUAACAGUGAUAAUUUUAGUGCUAGUAGAAAUAGUAUAUCAGAGCUGGUUGCCAACAGAAAUCACUAUCGGGUACCAGCAGCAAGUCCUAGAGGUGAUACUAGUGAAUUAGUGGACUCUACGAGUCCUUACCAAUGGCGGCCAUCCACACCGGAAUCAACCAUCUCAUCACAACGGCCAUUGGCCACUCCACACCUUACCAAAUUAAUCAGCCAAGCUGCCAAUAAUGAUAACCGACGGCAUUCCCCGCCACUUACUGGGGUCACUCUGUCCAGCUAUCAUCAUCCAAUCAAUUACGCUAAUCGUGUGCUUCUACAAAACGCCAAUAACCUUCCGAUAGAACAAACGCAGCAGCAACUGCCGAAUCUGCCAGCUAGCCUAAGUCAAUCCACUUCUAACCAUGAUAGUCGCCAAGUUAAGAACAACUACGUCAGCAGUAGUAGUAUUAGUAAUACGAGUAUUAGUGCCGAAAGCGCCACCCUAGCCGAGAAACUAUUACAACAGCAAUGGAAGUUACGGAUGAGCCAAAAACGAGCGCGUCGCUUAGCUCAUCGGAAGCACCUAACCGAGCAACCCGAUACGUCUACCAACCGUAAUCGACGGGAUUCGGUACGUGUUCCUGUACCGGGAGGCUCCCAGCAGCCACCGCGAAGACCCGGUGGAGGUGCUGUUGGCCAGGGAGGUCCUGGUCAAACUCGCCGUUACUGCUCGGCUCGGGACCCAGCCACCUUAGCUUCCGAUGCUCCCGUAGUCUUCGAAGGCAAAGUCAAAUCCAUGAGCAGCGAUCGACGGGCCAACUUUUCCGUGACAUUCGAAAUCGUGCGGGUACACAAGAAGAACACUAAGUAUCCGCUGGAGAUGUUCCAGCAGGUGCGGCUCCAGUUUUCGUUCCGCAACUUCAGCGAGUGCGACAUCUACCGGGAAACGUACCGCGAGCGGGGAAUCGUGCGCGAAGAACUCGAACAGGGCAAAGUGUACUUUCUGUUUGUGAAGCAGAUCGAUCUCAGCAACUUUACCAUCCUCGGGCAGCCGAUCCGGAAGACCAGACGCACCGCCAACGGGGUGAUGGAGGGGGUUAAGGACACAUAUGGUAAACCACCGAAGAUCUCUUCCAUGACGUCGAAUGUGACGCGACAGGAGGGGAAACGGGUGCGUCUGGUCUGUAAGGUGCAGGGAGAGCCGCCACCUAAAGUCACGUGGUUCAAGGACAAGCGUUCCAUCAAUCGGAACGUGACGAAAUACGCUCAAGUCCAUCUCAAAAAACGAUCCGAGCUCAUCAUUCAUUCGGUGAUUCCCAGUGAUGCUGGAGAGUACGAAUGCCGAGCUAAAAAUAAGUACGCCAAGAUUUCCAACUCGACGCAGCUUCGAGUAACGGCCAAACAUUCGAGCACCAAGCAGCCAAAAACGACACAUUCAACGGAACCUCCGUACAAUCCGAGGCCCUGUUGGGGGCCGGGCGCAGAGCACUUCUGUCUGAACGGUGGCACCUGUAUACACUUCGAGGAUCUCCAAGAGUGGGCAUGCACAUGUCCCAAGGGCUUCUCGGGCAACAAGUGCGAGAACAAAGUCAUCGAUUACCACCCUACGGCAUCCAGCAAACAACAGGACUGCUCGAAGGGUUACGGAUAUGGAGGUCAUCCAGAAUGUGCUGACUUUCUGCUGAUGGACUCUCCGAUCGCCCUUCCCAUGAUUCCACCGUUGUACGAUUACGAUGAUGACAGUGACAUCUAAGGUCGUCCCGCUUCAUUGCUAUUUGGCACUCGGAGGUGUCCCACUCCACGGCGGACUCAACUUUCUGUAUUGGUGGGAAAAUCGCGUCAGCCCGAGAGAAAUGAGAUUAAACAGUUCAUGGCGAUCGAAACGAGUCGAACGAAUGAUAUUUUUUGUAAUUCUCAAUCAGGAGAAAACAGUCAAUGACGAUAUUCCAUUCGAUUUAAGUUAUUGUGCUUAAUUUGUAUACACAUGGUUGUGUUCCAAUGCGACCAACAACUGAACAAGAAUUCGUGAAUGAUAUAAAAAGAAAAACAAAAAACGUUGAAAAUACCAAAGAUGUAAAUAUCAUUGUAGUAGUUGUAAUAAAUUAUUGACUAAUACUAACGUUGGUGUAAAUUUUCUUUACGAUAUGU